AUGUAUUCUUUAUCGCGGCUACGUCUCCAUUCGUCCCUCCUCUCGCGAAGGGGCCGUUCCCUUCAGGACGCUUGUGUACGGCCCAAUCGCCUCGGCGCAGCAGCUUCUUCCCAUGCGUUUGUCCGACUGACGGCGACUACAUCCCGGGCGCGGAGACUAGAUUUUCUCUCUAUAGACAAGAAAUGGCAGGAAAGAUGGCAGUCUGACUCGGCGGGGACGGCAGCAGCAGCGGACGAUACGAAACCCAAGUCCUACGUUCUCUCGAUGUUUCCCUACCCGUCCGGAACUCUUCACAUGGGCCACUUACGUGUAUACACCAUCUCCGACAUGCUGGCACGAUUUUACAGGAUGCGUGGGCACGACGUGAUCCAUCCAAUGGGCUGGGAUGCGUUUGGAUUGCCGGCGGAAAACGCAGCGAUUGAGCGCGGCAUCAAUCCGGCAGAUUGGACACAGAGCAACAUUGCAAAGAUGAAGGAGCAGUUACGGACUAUAUCUGUUUCGUUUGACUGGGAUCGGGAAUUGUCGACGUGCUCGCCCGAGUUCUAUGAACAUACUCAGCGGAUAUUCUUGAUGAUGUACGAAAAGGGCCUGGCCUACCAGGCUGAGGCGAUGGUCAACUUCGACCCUGUGGACAAGACGGUGCUGGCGAAUGAGCAGGUCGACGCCAAUGGUUGCUCAUGGCGCUCAGGUGCCAAGGUCGAGCGACUGAAGUUGAAGCAGUGGUUUUUCCGUAUUACGGCAUUCAAGGAGAAACUCUUGGAGGACUUGGGAUCUCUCGAGGGAGGGUGGCCAGAACGGGUUUUGUCGAUGCAGAGGAACUGGCUAGGCAAGUCCUUUGGCGCGAAAAUCAAGUUUCCGGUGCUUGUGGAUGGCCAGGGAGACCCCAACGUGGAAAUCGAUGUGUUCACCACCCGGCCUGAUACUCUACAUGGGGUCGAGUAUGUCGCCCUCUCCUUGGACCAUCCGAUCGUGCUGAAGGCUGCGGAAAAGGAUGAAGCGUUGCGCAAGUUCCUGGGCGAAGCUUCAUCUUUACCUCCUGACUCCAAGGCCGGCUACAAGUUGUCGGCCGUGAGAGUUUCCAAUCCAUUACAUACUAUUGAUAAAGAGAACCCACACGUUUCCCGCCAACUUCCUGUAUUUGUUGCGCCUUAUGUUAUGAGCGAUUACGGAGAGGGAGCCGUCAUGGGUGUUCCUGGUCACGACGCUAGGGAUCUGGCAUUCUUCAAAGAGAACGUCAAUCCCCCCUCAAUUCCUUUGGUUAUCCAACCGGAGUUGAUUUCUGAUUCCGUGGAGGCGACUGACAACAUCGUGGCAGACGACAACGCUCAGGCUGUUACCCAAGAAGGUAUCCUGAACGCAAGAUGCGGAAAAUAUCAAGGCCUGCAGUCGCAAGAGGCGGCUAAGCAGAUUGUCGCCGAUCUGAAACAAGUUGGUCGGGGCGAUUUUGUCGAGAAAUGGAGGCUACGAGACUGGCUGAUCAGUCGACAGCGGUAUUGGGGCGCUCCAAUCCCCAUCAUUCACUGUGCCGAGUGCGGUCCUGUACCCGUUCCUAAAGACCAGCUUCCUGUCCAGCUACCGAAGAUCCAGGGUAGCUGGCUCAAAGGCAAGAAGGGCAAUCCGCUAGAAGCCUCUGAAGAAUGGUUGAACACCGAGUGCCCGAGUUGUAAGGGCCCCGCAAAACGAGAUACUGAUACUAUGGACACCUUUGUGGAUUCCUCAUGGUACUAUCUGAGAUUCCUUGAUGCUCACAACCGGGAAGCUCCAUUUUCCCUCUCCUCUGCACGGCCCGUCGAUAUCUACAUCGGCGGAGUGGAGCAUGCCAUCCUCCACCUUCUGUAUGCUCGAUUCAUCUACAAAUUCCUCGCGAGCUCCGAACUUUUCCCUGAGACCGGCCGGUCCGAUUUGCCGGCUGAGCCUUUCAACAGACUGCUAAGCCAGGGCAUGGUCCACGGAAGGACAUACUCAGAUCCGUCCACCGGCCGGUUCCUGCUGCCAUCAGAGCUUGAUCUUAGUAGCCCGGACAAGCCGCUCAUCACUGGAACACAGGUUACUCCCAAUGUCACCUUUGAGAAGAUGUCGAAAAGCAAGUACAACGGCGUGGAUCCGGCUGCCAGCGCAUUGAAAUAUGGCGCCGAUGCCAUCCGUGCCCACGUUUUGUUUGCCGCACCGGUCAGCGAAGUUCUCGAGUGGGACGAGAGCAAGAUCGUCGGUGUUCAGCGCUGGUUCAGCCGACUGUGGAAGCUGGUCGUGGACAGCAAGGAAAAGCUGGAGUCUGCGUCGUUCGCUCCAUCAUCACUGGAAAUCUCACCUCCCGCUUCUGUCGCGAAUCUUUCUAACGAUGACGCUACUGCUCUCUUGUCUACCCACAAAACCAUCCAGUCCGUGACUCACUGCAUCGAAAACAACACGUACAGCUUGAACACGGUGGUUUCCGAUUUGAUCAAGUUGACAAACCUCCUUUCCUCUUCUCCUCCCGCCUCCUCCACAAUCCUCUACCAGUCAUUAUCUUCCCUACUCCGACUUGUGGCCCCGAUAGCCCCGGCUCUAUCUUCGGAGUGCUGGGAGAUUCUCCAUUACACCGAUUCAAAGAACGGUUCCUCGGUCGACAGCUGCUCGGUCUCUUCAGUCCUGGCAGCUCCCUGGCCAUCCCUACCCCUCACUCCCGAACAGGCAGACAGUAUCGCCGCUCGGAGCGGGCAAGUCGUGGCUGUGCAGAUCAACGGCAGGCUGCGUUUCACUGUGACUGUUCCGCAGAUCCCCUCCACAGAGACAGACGAGAAGGAGUAUCUCCUCGGGCAUAUUCUGGACAGCGACGAAGGGCAAAUGUGGUUGCGGGAACGGAACGACUGGGACAAGAGACGGCGCGUAAUCGUCGUCAAGGGCGGGAAGCUGGUCAACAUUGUGUUCUGA